AUGGUAUCAGAGCGGCAAAGAGCAACCUAUGCCGCGGCGGUGACCGGUACUGGAGAGUCCAGCCAAAGGUCACAUCCUACCACGCCGACGUCGAUCGUCCACACUCCGCCGAUCGUCCAAUCUCAUUCUCCUGUUCACACAUUUCAGGAAAACAUUCCGCAGAGGAAUGGCAGAACAGAAGAUAUAGAGAAUCCUCUAUACUUUAGCAGUAACGAGAGCUUUAACGCCAUUCUCGUGAGUCCUCCUCUCACCGGCAGUAACAAUUACGGCACAUGGAGGAUCGCGAUGCGUGUUUCUCUAGAGGUUAAGAAUAAAUGGACCGUCGUUGAAGGAAGCACUGCCGCACCGGACCGAUCGCACAACCGAUAUGCCGCAUGGAGGAGAUGCAACCUUAUGAUUUUCUCGUGGAUUUACUCCGUUCAUCCAUCCAUUGUACAAAGCAUCAUGUACAUGGAUAAUGCCAAAGAUGUCUGGAAUGACCUGAAGAAACGAUUUGCUCAGCAAGAUCCACAACGGAUCUCAAGCUUGCAGCACGAGAUCUAUUGUUUGAAGCAGGGAAGUCUUUCUGUGAGUGAAUACUACACCAAAUGCCGAGCUCUUUGGGAGCAGAUGAACGAACUGAGGCCGCUUCCAAUGUGUAGGUGCAAUCCACGUUGUUCGUGCAAUUUGCUCGAAGAAAUCAGAACCGAGAGAGAAGUUGAUCAGAUCAUCAAAUUCCUCCAAGGUUUAAACGAUGAGUACAAUUCUCUUAAAACUAACGUGUUAGUUCUUGAUCCGUUGCCAGAUAUCCACAGGAUUUUUGUUAUGGCUGAGAAGUACGAAAGAUAG